AUGCAGAAUCAUAUGUUCAGCGCUUUGCCGGAUGGUUAUCCACUCACCGGCAAAUCCGGCCCGUUGUCGCCGGCCCGCCUCGACGUCGUCAUUGCUCUUCGUCUGAGCCUGCAGGCACACCAAUCUGAUCUCUCCACAGACCGCCCCGCCCGCUUGACAAGAGACUUCCCGGGCGCUGCAGUGACCAUGGCCUCCCCAUCCGACCCCGCGACACGCAACAUCGUCAUCAUCGGCGGAGGCAUCAUCGGCUGCACCACCGCUUUUUACCUCGUGUCGCACCCGCUCUUCGCGGCGGAGUCCACCCGAAUAACGCUACUCGAGGCCUCCGAGCAUGGCGUCGCACAGGGCGCCUCGGGAAAGGCAGGGGGUCUCGUCGCGAAAUGGGCGUACCCGAAGGAAUUAGUGAACGUCUCCUUCCCGGAACACGUCCGGCUCGCGCAGGAAUACAACGGGGCCGAGCGAUGGGGCUGGCGGUUCGUGGGCUGCGGCAGCUGGGAGGGGCGCGGUGAGGCCGUCAGCGAUGACGCCGGGACCGGCGUGGGCGCAGGGGGAAAACGCAAGAGCCUGGAGAAGACCGUCGGCUUGGAUGCGGACUGGAGCCAAAAGAAGCGGGAGGCGACGGGCCUCCCGGACGACCUCUUGUGGGUAAAGGCCGAGCUGACGGAGGCGUACUCGCCCAUGGCACCCGCCAAAGCGACCGCCCAGGUCCACCCGUACCUUUUCACGACAAGCAUGCUCGAGCUUGCCAAGCAGAGGGGGGUCGAGUAUAUUUCCGGGAAAGCGACCGCAAUAAAUGUCGACAAGUCCACGGGGCGCGUCUCCGGUGUCACCUACACGGAUUCGGCAUUAGCGAACCAGACGAUACCUGCGACGCACGUCGUGCUAGCCGCGGGCGCGUGGUCUCCAAAAAUUCUCCCGGCCCUCCCCAUCGUCGGCACCCGCGCACACAGCAUCGCGAUCCGUCCCCAGUCGUCGGUGACGAUCUCCCCGUACGUGCUCUUCACGGAAAUCCAGUUCCGGUCCUCUGCUCGAGGCAGGCUGCAGCAGGUCAGCCCAGAAAUCUACGCACGGCCAGACAACGAGGUCUACUGCUGCGGCCCAGGGGACGAUUCCGCCAUACCAGACACGGUAGACGACGUGCAGGUAGACCAGAACGCGUGCGAGAGCAUCCGCGAGCACGUCGCCAGUAUCUCGAACGAGCUCAGGGAAGGCACGGUGGAUAAACGCCAAGCCUGCUUCCUGCCCAUCGUGGGCUCUGGCGGGGGGCCUAUCGUCGGCGAGGCUACGGGAAUCGCGAAGGGGCUGAUCAUCGCCACCGGGCACACCUGCUGGGGCAUAUCCAACGCGCCGGGGACGGCGAAGGCUCUCACGGAGCUGAUCAUGGAGGGAAAAAUUAGCUGUGCGAAUUUAGCGAAGCUGCAGCCUGGCGUGUAUAUUUGA